AUGCCGUCCGUACCAACACCCUCAAAAUCCGGCAUAAUCGAGACGACAUCCGGAGAGCGUCAUAUCCCAUCCUCCACACGGCCCGACGGCUCAAAACGGAAAGAAAUCAAAGUAAGACCAGGAUACAAGCCACCUGAGGAUGUCGAAGUCUAUAAGAACCGGACCGCAGACGCUUGGAAAAACCGUGGGACCAGCGGCAUUCCUGGUGCUGAGGGAUUGAAAGACGAUAAGGCAGAUGACUCUGUCGUCAACAAUAAGAAUGCCAAGAGGAGGGAAGCUAGGAGGAAAGCGAAGGCCGCGGAGCAGAGUGGUGAAAGGAAAUCUAAGGACACGGCGAAUAUUACCGAGCAACAGCUUGGGGCUGGUGAAGAGCCCGUGGACCCAGAGGUUGAGAGGGAAAAGAAGGCUAGAAACCUGAAGAAAAAGUUAAAACAAGCGAAGGAGUUAAAGGAGAAGAAAGAGGGCGGGACUGCUUUGUUGCCUGAGCAAUUUGCGAAGGUUAUCAAGAUCAACGAGCUUAUCCGGGAGCUUGAUGCGCUAGGCUUCGAUGGCGAAGGUGAACCAAAAGUUAAAGUAGAAGAGGAGACGGCCUAG